GGGGGCCUGAGCGCUGAGCUGCGGCUGCGCGGUGCGGCGGCGGCGGCGCCAUGGCGGACAAGUUCGACAGCUUGGAGGAGCAUCUGGAGAAAUUCAUCGAGAAUAUCCGGCAGCUCGGCAUCAUCGUCAGCGACUUCCAGCCCAGCAGCCAGGCCGGCCUCAAUCAGAAGCUAAAUUCUAUGAUUACGGGACUACAAGAUGUUGACAAAUGCCGACAACAGUUGCAUGAUAUUAAUGUGCCACUGGAAGUAUUUGAAUACAUUGAUCAAGGUCGAAAUCCUCAACUUUACACCAAAGAAUGCCUUGAGAGAGCCUUGGCCAAGAAUGAACAAGUCAAAGGGAAAAUUGACACCCUAAAGAAAUUCAAGGGUCUUUUGAUUCAUGAACUGAGUAAGGUUUUUCCUGAAGAGAUGUCCAAGUACCGAGCUAUCCGAUGUGAAGAUCAUCUGCCCACGUAGCUAGAUCCAAUGUGUUUUAUUUUGUGGAAAUAUAUUGUUUUUUUCCAUGGAACUAACCUAAUAGUGGCUAGCUUUUUGUAGCCUGAGGAAUUAUUCUUGACUGCUUUCAAGGAAUACAUUUGUUUCCUAUACAUGAAGCUCAACAGAAUAUCACGGAGAAAGAAGGAAAUGCCUUGUUAUGUUCUGUAUGCAUUACUGCUAACAUUGAAUGGAUUUAGUUGGUAUGUGUUUGAUAACAUAAAGGCAACAUCACAAUUAUAUGGGUGGAUAAAUUUAGUUAAAACUGAUUUUGAGAUACUUUUGUACCAGUAGACAUGAUGAGUUCAUUUUCUAUAUUGCUGGUCUGUUCAGCAAUUUUUGUAAUAAAAUAAGCUCUUUGCUACCAGAA